AUGGUGGAGGUGGUGGUGGCUGACGGUAUUAGUGGCAACGGGCGGUGGUGGUCGGUGGAUAACAGUGGUUAUGAAGAUAGUGGUGGUGGUUAUGGUGGAGGUGAGGUGGCAAUGAAUGGUGGUGGCCGGUGGAGGUCAUGGAGGAGGUUGUUUACAGUAGAGGAUGAGUUGAUGGUGGCGAACGACAGUAGUGGUGGUGGCAAUGGACGGAAAAGAUGGACUGAUGGUUUACUUAGGAAGUUGUGUGAGAAACAAGGAAUCCAAUACGAUUAUGGUAAGGGUCGUUUGGAAGAUCGAUCACAGAUUCUAGCUGAUAUCCAGAAUGUUAAGCCCACCCAUGUUUUCAAUGCUGACGAUGUCACUAGCAGACCCAAUGUUGAUUGUUGCGAAUCUCACAAGACAGAAACGAUCCGUACCAAUGUCUCUGGCACGCUAACUUUAGCAGACAUGUGCAGGGAACAUGGGAUCUUGAUGAUGAAUUUUGCGACUGGAUGCAUAUUCGAAUAUGAUNNNNCACAUCCUGAAGGUUCAGGCAUUGGUUUCAAGGAAGAAGACACACCCAAUUUCACUGGUUCCUUCUAUUCUAAAACCAAGGCUAUGGUUGAGGAGCUGUUAAAAGAAUACGAUAACGUGUGCAUCCGGAGAGUUCGAAUACCAAUAUCAUCAUACCUCAAUAACCCUCGAAACUUUGUGAACAAGAUUGCUCGUUACGAUAAAGUAGUCAACAUUCCCAACAACAUGAGCCUAUUGGAUGAGCUUUUGCCGAUAUCCGUUGAAAUGGCGAAGAGGAACCUGAAAAGAAUCUGGAACUUCACAAACGUGGGGGUGGUGAGCCAUAACGAGGUCCUGGAGAUGUACAAACAAUACAUAAGUCCGCAAUUCAAAUGGACAAACUUCACACUGGAAGAACAAGCCCGUGUGAUAGUAACCGCACAGAGCAAUAUUGAGAUGGAUACAUCCAAGUUGAAGAAAGAGUUCCCAAAAUUGCUAUUGGUCAAAGAAUCAUUGAUCAAUUACGUAUUCAAACCCAACAAAGAAGCCAAGGAUUUAGGAGAAAUCCCAAGUCCUGAACUAAUUGGCGGACGGAAGAGGACGAAGAGACGCGCAACAGAGCUGCUGUUUGGGCAAAAGAAAACGAAGAAACAACACAUCAAGGCUGUUGCCUGCUGUUGCUAUUUGCUGCUGCUGCUUGUUGAUCGAAAAGAGCACGACAGUCCUUCUCCUUGCUGCUGUUUGUACAAUGGAAAAAGGAGAAACAGCACAGCAGAGUUGCUGUUUGCUGUUACAGUUUGGCGAAACACGGCGUCAGCGAUUGUGCGGGCAGAAAACGAAGGAACAGGACAGCAGCGACUGCUGCUUGUUGUCCGUUGUUUGUUGCUGUCAGGUGCGGUCCGAAUCACAGAGGAGCCAAGGGGCAGGGGCGUGGUUGGAGGGCGUGCAGCGAUGAAACGGCUUCGACAGUGGCUGCUGUUCGGCGAUGCACAACAGUGA